UCUAAUCUCCACUGACGUUUACCUUUCGAAACGGCACCAUAUAAGAGAGUGCACGCAGUCGUGCAACCAAUUCCCACCCAGUGAACCAUGUUAAGUGGUGCCCAACCUAGUGUUUUGGCUUUCGUGGUAUUAGGUGUGACCAAUCAUUUGUUCUUCAAACGCUAUCAGCCCGUUCGAACAACAGUCAUUCGAACCGCCGUUAUUCUCUUACUGCAACCUCUUCUCCUACUUCCUGUCUUAAACCGUUACUCGGUUCUACAUCUCUCAGUGUACAAUGCCCUCAUCGGCUACAUUACCUUUUUCUUGUCAUUGACGACCUCCAUCGUCCUCUACCGACUUUCUCCUUUCCAUCCUCUCGCAGGAGUUCCGGGCCCGAUGAUAUUCAAAGUAUCGAAACUAUGGCACACGUAUAUCACUUGGAGAGGCCACCAGCACCUCGUUUUAAAGGAAUUACACGAUCACUAUGGGCCGAUUGUUCGUAAAGGCCCAAACGAAAUUUCUGUAAUAGAUGCCGACUCCGUAAAAUUGGUGCUUGGUAGUCUUCCAAAGGGUCAAUCAUAUCAGGCCGGCACUUUUGAAGGCCAUCCUCCUUCGCUUAUCUCUCUAAGUGGGCAAGACCGAAUAGAUAGGCGUAGAGUUUGGAGCAGGGGUUUCACGAGCGAGCAGAUCAAGGAGUAUCAACCUAUCAUCGAGAAAAAGGUUGUUCAAUUGGUGGAUUCUUUACUCGCUCGGUCAAAUUCAGGAUCGGUGGAUCUAUUGAAGUGGUUCAAUUUCUUCUCGUUCGAUGUUAUGGCGGAAAUGAUAUUCGGGACGGAGUCUAACAUGGUAACGGAGGGAAAUGACCAUGGGGUUUUCGAAACACUCAAAAGAGGACUUCUGUUUAAUGAAAUAGGUUCACAUAUUCCCUGGUUGACCCAUUGUUGGCUCCUGCUCCCAUCGGUGGCCCACCACGGGCUACAGAUGUACGCCCUUGCCAAUGCGUGGUGUGGUCGACGACUUCAAAAGGGACCGGACUUCAAGGAUUUGUGGUAUCAUCUGACUGACGAAGCGGGCCAUGAAAAAGUCAAACCAACGAUGGAAAUCGUUGCGAGCGAUAGUACACUCGCCAUGGUUGCUGGCUCUGAUACAACAGCUACUGCGAUGGCAAACCUGUUCUGGUGUUUGCUGUCUCAUCCUGAGUGUUAUGAGAAACUACGGGGAGAAGUCGAUCGUGAAUAUCCGCAGGGUAUGGAUCCCUUGCUGGAUACGUCUCGGCAGGUGAACAUGAAGUACUUGAAUGGUUGUCUAAACGAAGCACUCCGAUUAUUACCGCCCGUGCCAUCCAACGGGGGGCGGCUAGUGCCAUACGGAAGCGGCGGGAAAAUGAUCUGUGGACGUUAUAUUCCUGAAGGAACGCAAGUAUAUGUUCCCCACUACAGCGUUCACCGUAACCCCGAGAAUUUCUCUCGUCCAGACGAGUUUCUCCCUGAACGAUGGCUCGACUCGGAGAGUGGGGCUCAUCGUAUUGACGCCUUUAUCCCAUUCUCAGCGGGCCCAAUGAACUGUGUUGGAAGGAACUUGGCACGGCUCGAGAUGAUGAUGGCCGUGACUACGCUGAUCCAAAAGUUUGACUUUGAGUUUGCGAAGGACUUUGUCUGGAAAGGAUGGCCGGCCAGAACGAGGGAUGCGUUCGUUAGUUUGAGUGAUCCGUUAGAUGUGGUUAUUCGGUCUCGGCAAUGA